AUGCUGAAGCAACUGCCACCACCUCCGCCGCCAGGGCUCAAGUUGACCAGGAAGUUGCAGGCGGACCCAAAGAUCCUUCCUGACCUGACCUCUGCAGCGCCAGUGGAGGCGCCACAGCCUCCUGAAGCUGUGGAGGAGCCGGCCCCCAACGAGGCUUCAGUACCGGAGGCGGUGCUCGAGAUCCUGCCCGAGGUUCAGACACCCAUGGAGGUGGAGCCCACGAAGCCAGAGCAGCUUCCUUCGGUGCAGGAGGUGGCUGAGCUGGAGGAGCCAGAGGUUGUACCGGCUGUGGCCAAGGAUCCGGAGAUCCAGGUUCCAGAGCCAGCGAAGGAGGACCAGGAGGAACAGGCCACUGAGGAGCCCAAGAAGGACGAGUCCCCCAGCUCGCAGCCUAAGCUGUCAUCCUGGCUCACAGACAUGAGGUCUCGCGUGGCCAACAAGCAGACAGCCGAACAGGGCGAAACCAAGGCGCCCAAGGCGCCACCUUCCAAGUUUGCGCCAUCCUCUGGCUUGCGCUCGCAGAGGCUCACCAAGCGACCGGAAGUGUCAAAACCCGAGGAGGAGCCCAAGCCACCAGAAGUGCAACAGGUGGAGCAGGAAGAGCAUCCAAAAAUUCAGAGGUGCCACUCCUCCGAGAGCCGGCAGCUGGAAGGACCUUCAAAGUCUCGAGAGUCGAUGGUCUCCGAGAGAGCCUCCGAAGGCAGUGGUGAGCUUGCCGUGGUGGAGAAGACAUCAGAGGCACCCAGCCAGAGCUCAGAGGCGCCUCUGCCGCCGGAGAUUGUCCCGAAGCGUGGACGUAACCUUCCGACAGGGAAUUGGCAGGACACCCAGGACAAGCUACGCCAGGAAUGGUACCAGAAGUUGGCUGCUGGCGUUGAUGACAAUGAAAAGCCGCGGCGGGGCAAGGCUUCCCUCCGAGGAGCUGCAACCGGGUCGCGGCGGGCAGGUGCCUCACUGCGAGGGGCGGCCUCUGCCUCCGCCAGCGCGGCGGGCAGCCAAAUGGGCAGUCAGGCGCCCUCUCGCUCAUCUCAAUCCCCGGCCAUGUCGCCAAGGCAGAGUCUGGGAGACGACGCUGAAGGCGUGCAGUCGAACACGAUUCCUUUGGGCCCUCCUGGUUUAGGACCUCCAGGGCCAGGCCCCUCCCUGGGCUCUGGGCCUUCUUUGGGCCGGCCACCUCGUGCGCCUGGGCCACCACUGGGGCCGAACCCACGCGGUGGUUUGGGCCCAGUCCCGCAGUCUUCAGUGGCACCGAAUUGGGCCUUUUAG